CUACCACUCCAGAGUUCACGGUUCGAAAUACAAAAAUACCCGCAACAGUUAACAGUUUCGUGAUGAGUAAAUUUUAGUAGCUUUGCGUAAUUUUUAAUAUUUAAUGUGAUAGUAGUCGGUCUGCUGUGACUAUAUGAUGAUAAAAUUGUCGUUUAUGUGUUUCAAAGUGUUACUUUUUAGUGUUUAUUGCCAUUUGCCAUGGGAGCUUAAAAUAGAAAAUUGAUCUUCCAUUUGGCCAAAAUUACUUAGAAGAAAGAGUUACUAUCUAAAUGUUUAUUAAAAGAUGGACGAAGUAUUGGAGAUAUUUUGCUGUAGCAGCCCUGAUUGUAAUACUAUUAAAACUUAUGUCCCAACCAAGAGAUAACAUCAGCUGCUACCGUCGCAAAGAUAUGGAGUCCCUCCCUGAUAUUUCGACGGUAGAACCCAGAAAAGGAAAAUCGAUAUUUUUCCACGAGACUUCGUGUAACUCAGCAGCCAAAGAGAAAAUCCUUAUCACGGCACGUGAGGGAUGUGCUGUUGAGAGUGCAGCGAAGGCAAAUCCGAAUUUUGAUGUUUACUUACUUUAUACCUCACCAGGUGUGUUCAGAUUUGAAGGAGACGAAUCAGAUGAGAUUCUUAAAGCUUUAAUGAGUUAUAAAAAUGUUAAAAUUAUGCAUUUAGACUAUGAGAAGUAUACGAAUGGUACGCCCGUAGAGGAAUUGUAUAAAUCUGGUAGGCUAGAAGGAUCCAAAUUUGUGGUUAGUCACGCUAGCGAUGUACUUAGAUACCUCACACUGUGGAAAUACGGUGGCAUUUACUUAGAUUUAGAUGUAAUUGUUAUAAAAUCUUUAGAAGAUCUGAAACCCAAUUAUGCUGGACUGCAAUCUCGUUUUGACGUUGCCGCAGGUGUAGUAAGUUUUGAUGCCGACAGCAUAGGCCACCUAAUGGCAGGAAAAUGUCUAAAUGAUCUCAAAAGAAAUUUUAAUGGAAAUAAUUGGGGAAACAACGGACCAGGAGUUAUUACAAGAUUGCUGAUCGAUUUGUGCAACAUAAAAAAUCAUAGAAAAAAAAUGGACAUAGCUUCAAAAAUGUUAAACAAGCACUGUGGAGGAUUCACUGUUUUCGAGCCGGAAGUCUUCUACCCAGUGCGAUAUGAAGACUGGGAUUUUUAUUUCGAUGAAUCCAAAUUGAACUACAUCAUUUCACAUACCAACAAGGCUUAUGCCAUUCACAUGUGGAACAACUUAAGCAAAAAGACGAAGCUUCGGUUAGAUUCCAAGGCACCGUAUUUAUAUUAUGCCAAAAAGCAUUGUCCAAGAGUAAUUAGUGCAUUAAAGGAUGAAUUUUGAGAUUAUAAAAAUGUACCUCAUUGGUGGAAACUGGUACUAAGUAUUUUAUAAAUGCUUGGUACUACAAUUUUUUAAAGUUUAUAUGUUUGAUGUAGUAUUAUAAUUAUUACAAUAGCACAACAUAUAUGUUUCCAUCACACCAUGUAUUUCGACUGUUGAUCCCAACAAGAGUAUUGAGAGACAAGAAUAUUGAGAGAGUAUUAGUCACACGUUAAACUCAUAUUUUAUUUCCCUCUAUUUAUGUGUCAUUUAGAUCACUAGACUGGGUUACAUGACUGGUCUAUCCAACGAAUUUGUUGAUGAUUUACCCUGCAUCUGCAAUCUUCAAUGGUUCGUCUGGGCAGACUGCAAUUGCGCGCAGGCAGCGGUCAGGGUUCUCAACAGGGUGUCUAAGCCAAUGGUGCAAUUGCGCGCACGUCUUUAAAAAGGUAUGCUGUGAUUGCGCGCAAAGUCGUAAAUUAUAGUAAACGGAAGUUUUAUUUACUUCUUAUUCGUUUUGAACGGAAAUUUUGCUAAUUUUAAAAAAUUAAGAUAAUAACAAGUGAAUACUACAUUGAAAUAGUUGUGAUAAAAAAACUAAAUAGUGUUUCUUUUAUAAUUAAUAUUUAUUGUAUUAAAUAAUGUACAUAUGUAUACAUUAUUAAAUACUGUGUGUCUCUUUAAAGUUAAAUAUUUAUUUUAUUUGUGAUACAAAAAUAACCAAUGUAAUGUAAAUGUAUUAGGUGUAGGUACUUGAAUGAAUGAAUAAAAUAACAUAGGUAUAUCUAUGAAAUCUUUAUUAGACGAGGAUACCCUAUUAUAAUAUUGAUUAAUUAAUUAAAAAAUUAAUAU